AUGCGCUUCUUGACUCUCUUCUCAACGGCAACCCUGGCCUUCUUUGCCCUUGCACACGAAGGCCCUCACCGGCUACCAACCGACAAGGAAUUUUCUCGCAAAGCCUCUUUAUCUGCUCGUUGCUCGGAACAUGUUGCUCACUUCAACAAGCGACGUAUGAAGCGUGACUUCAAUCCCCACGCUCGAGGCAAUACCACUGUUCAGAUCCAAACCCAAGCCCCUCUUUACGAGACGAUCCAGAAUGAUACCUGCGUUCUUAGUCCUGCAAUUACAGCUGGCCCCUACUACUGGCCGCACUCUCAAACUAUCCGUCAAGAUAUGACAGAGACCCAGGAUGGUGUCCCUCUGUGGCUGGACAUUGGAGUUUUGGAUAUGGCCACCUGCAAGCCAUUGGAAGGUGCGAUGGUUGACCUAUGGCACUGCAAUGCCACCGGAAGCUAUUCAAGCUUUACUGAGUUGUCCCCAAAUACCAAAUUCCCGGCACUUCUGUCUGAACUUGGGAAAAAUGUUUCAGACUUUGAGGUUGGCACCACUGAUAUCCACACCGACUCGCAAACCUGGCUGCGAGGAAUGUGGCCAACCGAUAAGCAUGGGAUGAUGCAGAUGAAGACCAUUUUCCCAGGAUUUUACAUCGAAAGGGCUAUUCACAUUCAUGUCCAGGUCCAUACAGACUGGACCACUCAGGAGAAUGGCACUCUCGUCUUCGAAAACACCGUGAGCACUGGGCAACUGUAUUUCGAGGAGGAACUCGAGAAGAAGGUUAUGGCUCUCCAACCAUAUGCCUCUCAUACGCAGAUCAACCGCACCCAGAACGAUGUCGAUAUGGAGUUCUCCAAGGGUGAAGCGAAUGGUUAUAACCCGGUCGUCUCUGUGGUUCCUGUGGAUGAUGAUGACCUCACUAAGGGAUUGAUCGGAUACAUCACCAUCGGCGUUGAUACCACUGCAAUUGAGGAUGAGCAUUGGUCUGCUUCAUAG